UGAAUCUUUUUACCGUUUGGUUGGAAGCGCGCAUCAAUUUCAACUCCGCGAAACGACUUACAGUUUUCAAAUCGUCUAGCCGUCGUUUUUCUCGUUUUGUUUUGUGUUUACCCUCCUUACUGGAUUGUGCGCGCCAAAUUUGUAAAAAGAUAGCAAACAAGGAAUUACAAUAAUAUUAAUCUUAAAACGUAUUUACGUGAAAUUCGUGUAAUGUUCAUAAACUGUUAAAUGUGAAAACCAAAAACAAAUUGUCUUGGCAAAAAUAACAAACACCAUUGUGAAGUGACUUUCAAAAAAUUGUACAAGCUCUUCACAUGAGUCUUAAAACAAUUUACUAAAACUAAACGCAGUUUGCGUCUGUGUUUUUUAUGUAUGUGUGCUACGGAUCGUGCAAGGCUCCAGCUACACCUACACACACGUACGCACCAUAAUAAUUACGGCCUACUCAUGAAAUGCAAAAGUUGGUCGAAUAAAAUCAACAAUUUUGUUGUAAGGAAACUUAAAUCGAUUAAGAAUAACGGUACACAGCAGAUAGUAGCACCUAGCAGCGCAGCCAGCAGCAUCGCAGCAGCCGCCGCCGUAGUUGUUACGGCCUCGAGCAGCAGCUGCAGCAGCAGCAGCAGCAGCAGCAACAGCAACAAUUGUGAGCAGCAGCAGCAGCAACAAUUAAAUAUUGCAACCGUGGCAGCAGCAACAGCAACAACAGCAGUAGCAGCAACAACGGCAACAAUGCCGGCGGCUAUGCAAAAGGAGAAAGCCUCAACUCUAGUAUCCUUGAACGAGACAAAUCUCACGGAGCAUAAAUUUAAGGACUUGGCGGUCGUGUUCGGUGCCAUGGCAACGACAGCAGCGGCGCAAACCACGCGUCUCCAACACACAUGCGCCUGUGGAGCGGCAACAGCAACAGCGACAGCAGCAGCAACGCAAGCGACAGCAACAGCAACACUCACUGAGAACAACAACAUAAAUAAUAAUAACAACAACGGCAACAACAGCAGCUUUUGCUACAGCAGAAGCGGCAACACCUUUCUAACAAAAGGCUACACAUCGCCAUUGGCAGCAGCAGUUGCGGCCGGCGGCAAUUCACUCAAUUCAAGGCUACAAACUCAGCGUUCCAAUUCCAUGCAGCAGCAACUGAAGCAACAACAACAGCAGCAGCAGCAGCAGCAACAACAACAGCAGCAGCAGCAACAGCUACUGCAGCAGCGGCAGCGACAGCUGCAGCAGCAGCAACAGGAACAAUCAGCUUCACCUCCGCCAGCAGCAGCAGUCGUUGUCGCUCCACAAGCGCAGACGCCGCCACGCAAAUCGCCCAAGGAUUACAUCUUUGGUCGCUACAUUGGCGAGGGCAGCUUUAGCAUCGUUUACCUGGCCCAGGACAUACACACGCAACGCCCCUAUGCAAUCAAAGUAUGCCAGAAGAGUCAAAUACUGCGGGAGCACAAGCAGGAUUACAUCAAGCGCGAGCGCGAAGUGAUGCACAUGAUGACCAAUGUGCCGGGCUUUGUGAACUUGUCGUGCACGUUCCAGGAUCAGCGCUCCCUCUACUUUGUGAUGACCCAUGCCCGCAAGGGCGAUCUCCUGCCCUACAUCAAUCGCGUCGGCAGCUUCGACGUCGCCUGCACGCGUCACUACGCCGCCGAGCUGCUGCUCGCCUGCGAGCAAAUGCAUCGUCGCAAUGUCAUCCAUCGCGACCUGAAGCCGGAGAACAUUCUGCUGGACGAGGAUAUGCAUACGCUGAUAGCGGACUUUGGAUCCGCCAAGGUGAUGACGCCCGAGGAGCGUGCGGAGGCCGUGGAGCAGCUGUCCAAGAGCAGCAGCGAUCAGAUUGAUUCACAUUGUCGUCGCUCGGCGCACAGCUCGGACGAUGAUGAUGACGAUAGCGAGUGUGAAGUGUAUGACGAUGAUGAUGAGGAGGAGGACUAUGAGGAAUCCCACGAUGAGUCCAACUCCUAUCUGAUUGUGGCUGAUCGCGAGGACAGCUGCCGCUCACCGCGACAUCGUCGCAACAACUACAACAAUCGCAGAAGACGCGGCAGCUUUGUGGGCACCGCUCAGUAUGUUUCACCCGAAGUGCUUCAGAAUCUGCCCGUGACGCCAGCCGCUGAUCUUUGGGCGCUGGCCUGCAUCAUUUAUCAAAUGAUAUCGGGUCUGCCGCCGUUCCGCGGUGGCAACGACUACGUCAUCUUCAAGGAGAUUCUGGGCAGCGCUGUUGUCUUCCCCGAAGGCUUUGACAAGGACGCUGAGGAUUUGGUGCGUCGCCUGCUGAAAAUCGAUCCACGCGAGCGUCUGGGCGCUCAGGAUGAGUUCGGCCACUAUGAGAGCAUUCGCUCGCAUCCGUUCUUCGCCGGCAUUGACUGGAAGACGCUGCGCCAGCAAACACCCCCGCCCAUCUAUCCCUAUCUGCCAGGCGUGAGCCAGGACGAGCAGUUCCCAGCGGUAAAUGGCUGCAGCAGUAAUCUGCCCAUAAGCGGCGAUCUGGAGCCGGGUCUGGAUGAGCGCCAAAUCACGCGUCUGCUCAGCGCCGAGCUGGGUGUGGGCAGCAGCAUUGCUGCGCCGGCACAGAAGCCUUCAACAGCAAAGAAUUCCUUCGAUUUGAGCGAUGCACAGAAGCAGCAGCGCCUCGAGGCACAAAAGACUGACAAGUGGCAUGUGUUUGCCGACGGCGAGGUGAUCCUCAAGCGCGGAUUUGUGAACAAGCGCAAGGGACUGUUCGCACGCAAGCGAAUGCUGCUGCUGACGACGGGUCCGCGUCUGAUCUACAUUGAUCCGGUGCAGAUGAUUAAGAAGGGCGAGAUUCCAUGGAGUGCCGAGCUGCGCGCCGAGGUCAAGAACUUCAAGAUCUUCUUUGUGCAUACGCCAAAUCGCACCUACUAUCUGGACGAUCCCGAGGGCUAUGCCAUACACUGGUCCGAAGCCAUUGAGAGCAUGUCCAAGCUGAGCUACGGCGAUGCGAGAGCAACAGCCACGUCGGCGACAACAACAACAACGACAAGCGUCAGCUCCUUCAGCUGCUCCACAGGCGGCGGCGGCAGCAGCAGCAGCAACAACAGCCUGGCCGCCAACUCCUACACCCUGCUACCCGCCAACGCCUUCAGCAGCAGCAGCAGCAGUUCGCCCACAGCGCGGCGUCUGUCUCCAUCGCAGCGACAGCAGCAGCAGCAACCUGAGGAGACAACAACAACAGCAACAAUUAAAGCAACAGCAAUGUCAUCGUCGCCAACAUCAACGGCGCGGAGUAAAAAAACAGCGUCGAAAUAAAAAGUGGCACACACUGAAAGAAAUUCUGUUACUGUUUCUCUUUGCUGUCUGCUGUGUGUGGCUGCGAAAUUAAAUUCUAAUUUAGUUGAAAUUUAGUGCAAAAAGGCAACGUAUAGUGCUAAUUAGAACUUUCGUUUCGUAAACUUUUGUUCAUUUGUUUAAUGUUUAAUUGAGAAAUUGUGCUUAGUGCAUUAGUCGGCAAAUUAGGGCAGUAAACUAAGCAAAAAGCGAUAUACACACAUAUAUAUAUUAUAUAACUAUAAUAAUCUACAUAAUAUGAUUACUAAUACUUAUUAAAUUAAUACACACACACAUAUAUUUAUACAACAAUUUAAAAAUUAAUAUGUGCACACACACACAUGAACAGUCGAUAGAUGGCGCUAGCACAAAUAGCAUUAUAAAUUUCUAAACAAAACAAAAAAAAAUACAUAGAUAUUUUUUAGCGCGUAGUUAGUCACAAUUUAAAUGAAUUCAAAUUUAGCAAAAGCUCGCGCCAAUUUUCGCUUCGUGUUCGGUGUGUGCGCAUUGCGGGGAGAGAGACGCAUUCUAAUCUUAAGUCCAAAAAACAACACUAAAUUCAAUUGUAUUUAGCUAAUCUUUAUUUAAUAACUGUAAAUCUACAUAUAUAUAUUAUAUAUUAUGGAGUGUGUUUGUCAUGUCACGUAACUGUAACUUUAUAAUAGAGAGAGACAUUGUAUAAAAUAAUGCGCACGUCUUUAAGAAAACGCCUAAAAAUCGAUGAAAAAAAAUAUUAAAAACAAAAAAAAAAAAGAAUUACCACAUAGGUUAAAUAAAUAGCGGAAAAAGCAGUUUAGUAAAUCGGCCGUCAAGUCCGAUUUAAUAUAUACAUAUAUAGCUCGCUCAACUUUCUAGUAAGAAAAUUUUUUUGUAUGCUAAUUUUUUGAUUUUUACAAUUAAUUUAUAACAAAAUGCUUAUUUGCCCUAUAAAGAAACGUAUAAGACUUUGAACAACUAUUUAAAGCAGAAAAACAAAAACAAACGAAAAAAAAAAAAAUGAAACUACAAGAAACUUAAACAAAAUAUACAUGAA